CGAGAGCACAGUAGCUCGCUCGCGCGGUGCGCGGUGGGUGUUUUUGGUUGUGUUCCUGUCAGUAGUAUGCCGCUGGGCAAAAGUUUCAGAGUGUACCAUAAGAUUCGACCGCCUAAUCCAUACAGCGUCCUACUGGAACAGAGGUCCAAGAAUGAAACCCUCCUUUUCGAAUCUAGGGCAGUCGCCGUGCUUUCCCAACACGAGACAGAUACAGUGAAGAAGGAAUACACAACACUGGCAGAUGCGCACGGUUCCCUGGGCGUUCUUCAGCUUACCUUUGGAGACACUGUGGUGCAAUUCCUCGUCCUUGUGACGGGAUGCCAGUCGGUGGGCAAGUUGGGCUCCUCCGAGAUCUUUCGCAUCACAGAUACGCUGUUUGUGUCGCUGCGCAACAGCGGGCAAGACUUGGAACGGGUGCAGGAUGUGCGCAAGAUACUCGGCGCUGGAACUUUUUUCUUUGUCUGGAGUUCCAACCAGAACGUUCCACUGCUGGACUUGACUCUGUGCGCUCAACGUGCAGCUGUCACGAAUGAGACAGACAACCGGUUCUUUUGGAACCGAACCCUACACAUUCCUUUGUUGCGCUACGGCAUCGACUGUUCCCGCUGGCUUCUAAAGGCCAUGUGCGGAGGUGUGGAGAUGAGAACCCUCUACCUCGGUCACCAACAGGCCAAGGUCUGCCUCAUUUCGCGACUCAGUUGCGAGCGAGCGGGAACGCGAUUCAACGUCCGUGGCACCAACGACGAUGGACACGUAGCCAACUUUGUCGAGACUGAACAGGUUAUCUACCUCGAAGACCAAAUCACGUCAUACGUCCAGACGAGAGGGUCCGUGCCACUGUUUUGGGAACAGCCGGGCGUGCAGGUUGGUUCUCACCGUGUGAAAAUGUCGAGGGGAAGCGAAGCAUCUGCUCCAGCUUUUGAAAGGCACAUGUCACAGAUCAAACAAAGAUACGGAGAUCAGGUUAUCAUAAAUCUUCUGGGCAGCAAGGAAGGAGAGUCGAUGUUAACCCAGAUGUUUCAACACCACCACAAGGCAUCACGACGCAAAAUCCCGAUGGUAUCGUUCGACUACCACUCCAUGUGUCGUGGCGGCCGGCAGGACAACCUCAUUCACCUGAAGAACCAGAUCUCACCUCAUCUAUCGAGCUUUGGAUGUUUCUACUUCAACGGAAGUGAAAUCUGCUUGCAGCAGACGGGAACCUUUAGAACAAACUGUCUAGAUUGCUUGGAUCGCACUAAUUGCGUGCAGACGUUUAUUGCACUAGAGGUACUUCCCAGUCAAGUGGCCCUCCUCGGCUUGCAAGACAAGCCUCAGCUUGCCUCACGCUUCAUGGAGGUGUUCCGUCAGAUGUGGGUCCAGAACGGGGACCAAGUGAGCAAGAUCUACGCGGGUACGGGGGCACUGGAAGGAAAGUCAAAGCUGAAAGAUGGGUCACGGUCAAUGGUACGAACGAUUCAGAACAACCUGCUGGACGGCAGCAAGCAAGAGGCGAUCGACGUUCUGCUCCUGGGAAGCGCUCUGAGCAGCGAGCUGGCCGACAGGGCACGGGCCCUUCUCCCUACGGGGAUGCUGCAUCUUCCGCCAAGUAUAUUGCGUUCGAUGUGCACCCGCCACCUGGAAUACACGAUUCCGCUGAAGGCCCGCGUGACCGUAGCCACGUGGAACGUGAACGGAGGCAAACACUUCAACAGCGUCGUCUUCCGCAACCACCCCAUGUCCGACUGGCUCGUCGACAACAGCGUUGUAGCAGGAAAGAAACUUGUCGACUUCUCUCAGGCAGUGGAUAGGACUCCAGCUGACAUAUACGUCAUCGGGUUUCAAGAGAUUGUCGACCUAAAUGCCAGCAACAUUGUAAAUGCAAGCACUUCAAACCAAAAAGAAUGGCUGACCGAGCUGCAGAAAACGAUUAGCCGUGACCACAGGUAUACCCUCCUCACAUCUGCCCAGCUCGUAGGAGUCUGCCUGUUUGUAUUCAUCCGGCCAGAGCAUGCUCCCCACAUCAGGGACGUUGCUGUUGAUAUGGUCAAGACUGGUCUCGGAGGAGCGGCUGGCAACAAGGGAGGCAUUGCAAUUCGUUGCCUCUUCCACAGCACCUCGCUGUGCUUUGUCUGCGCCCAUUUUGCAGCGGGACAGUCUAAGGCAGCAGACCGAAAUGCGGAUUAUGUGGAGAUCACCCGACGAGUCUCUUUCCCAAUGGGACGUACUCUCAACUCUCACGAUUAUGUGUUCUGGUGCGGAGAUUUCAACUAUCGCGUCGACCUUGGCAUUGAUGAGGUCAAGGAGCUGAUACGACAACAAAACUGGCCAGAGUUGCUCAAGUACGAUCAACUUUCAGUUCAGCAGCAGCAGGGUCAGGUUUUCAAAGACUUUAUUGAAGGUGAAAUCAGCUUCCCACCCACAUACAAGUACGACCUGUUUUCUGACGAUUACGACACGAGCGAGAAAUGUCGAGUGCCAGCUUGGACGGAUCGUAUCCUCUUUCGUCGCCGCCGUCUGCAGUCCGAAGCUGAGGAUCCUUUCUGGAGCCCCGGGAGGAUAGCCCAUUAUGGCAGAGCAGAAUUAAAGACAUCUGACCACAGGCCCGUGGUUGCCGACAUCGACAUUGAAGUAGCCAAAGUCGACGAAUCUGUCAGGGAGCAGAUAUUCGCCGAGGUAAUAGAGCAGAUGGGUCCACCUGACGGAACUGUGAUUGUGCGUACCGAAACAGAGGACGAAGUUUUCGACGACGACUUCAUCAACGAGCUAGUGGAAAUAUUUUCUUCCGUCGGGGAAGUUGUGCUGAUCAGGUUUGCAGCUGAGACGCUCUGGGUGACCUUCUCUGAAGGGCAGGGUGCUUUGGCAGCCGUUCACCUUUCUGGGAAACCGGUGAACGGGCACAAGGUGACGAUCAUGCUGAAGACACCAGACUGGACACAGGCAGUCGAACACGAGCUGCGUCUGUGUUCCAACAACACCAUUCCGCUGGCAUCCACUGUGGAGAACGGGGAUGAUGUGGCUCAAGAAUUGGACUUCACCCCUUCGGAAGGUUGGUCCAGUGAGUUUGACUACCCUGGGGACGAUUCAAACUCCUCCUCUGGCAGAAGCAGUCCUUCAUUUGCUGGGGAGGGUGAUGGCCCAGCUCCACCUAUUCCUGGGAGAUCCACGCCUACCUCUGUUCCACCCGGGCGACCCCCUCCACCGAGGCCUCCGCCCCCUUCGAGACCACCUCCUCCGACGAGGCCUCCACCUGCAGAUGUCAUCAAGCCUAUCGAGCAAGAGGAAACCAGCUGCACUGCUGCCCCGAUGCCAAAACGUGUCCCUCCUCCACGGCCGGUGCCUCCACCAAUCAGGCCACCUCCACCAUCAACUGCCGCCGUGGCAACGGAGGUUGGGCUGCCACCUGACACUCCGCCUCCUCCUCCGCCUCCACCACGAGUCGAUUCGUUCGACAGCAACCAGCAGUCACCAGAAAAUGGUGAUGCACCCUCGUCACCGUGGCAGACUUUACCGCCUGCCCCUCCCCCACCGGUGGAAGCCACCGCUCCUACAUUUUCGGAAAGCCCACCCGCACCUGCCAAAGCUCCCCCUUCCCCUCCUUGCCUACCUCACGUACCUCCUGCUCCAAAUACUCGCGUACCACCUCAAGUACCUCCCGCUCCCGAUUCCUGCAUGGGCGCCCCACCUCCGCAGGUACCUCCACCUCCCGAUACUCGCCCGGCUGCGCCGCCUCAGAUACCUUCCCAUCCGCAGGUUGAAUCGCAGGUGGCACCUCCGCCAUGCGAAGCCCCGCCUCCCCCUCCAGUCCUAACUGAGCCUCCUCCAAUCCCAUCGCGGCCAAAAGUGAUGGGUCCGGUCGUGAUGACGGCUCCAUUGCCAACCGGAAAGCCGCCUCCGAUUCCGGCCAGGUCCAAAGCCGGACCACCCAUGCCAUAUCGGCCUAAUUGAAAUAAUCGGUUACGAGUAUCGAGCUACGUGUUUGUGCAGGCAGCGCACAUUUUAGAUUUUUUUUAUUUUUUAAAUGGAGAAUUAUCUAAAGAAAUAUUAACUGCAGCCUUCCAAAUGGAAGACAGAGCUGUCGAUAUCUUCGCUAUUCAAUUCUGAACAUCCAUUGCUGAUCCAGCAAUUAUGUCCGAUGCUGCGUCCCAGAGUGAUCCAAUAGGGCGCGCCCGGCAGAUAUUCCUUAAGGAGGACCAUAUAAGUCUUUCAGAGCAUGACCACCUUGUUCCUUGCGCCCUACAAUGGCAUGAGUAUGUUCCGAGUGCAGGCCUUAAUUGUGUACUGCAGGCAAUACGAUUUGUGAUCCAUUCACACGCGCAUGAUCAAUCAAAUAAUGGCCGACGUGUGACACAUUGUUGGCUCAGCCACGCAUUGUCUCUUGGCUUACUAGGAACAGUCCUCAACAUCUCGAGAUCUGCAGUGUACGUAUUUGUAUGAGAUAGAGGUACUUCGCAGUGUACCCCGUGUUUAUGCUAUGCCUCGGAAUGGGAACUGUAUUCAUGCGAUACCCGUGAAUUCUGUUUCGUAAGCGCCCAUUACCAAAUAUGUUUUGUUCUGAAGCGCGUAUCGUAGUUUUGGUUCUGUUAUUGCACUGUUUUAGGUGUAAGAUUCUGCCCCAAAGAUACACUACUUUUUAAUGAAACGAAACUUUAGAUGAAAGGAGAAUGGGACAGAAUGAAAUGCAUUUUCUCUCUUCAAACUUCAAGCUUCACUUCUGGACACUUGGAACACUUUUUCCUUUCAAGGAUCCUCAAACAAAUCAUGCUUGGCCCACUUGUUUAGUACUUUAUGCUAUACUUCAUUAUAACGGCACUUAGAUUUAAAGGUCAACACAAUAUCAAAGGUGAUCAAACCUGAUAUUGGUACACAAUUGCGCAAAUAUCGGACAUCGACUAAAUUGCAGGAUGCAGGAGGACGAGUCUCGAUAUUAAAUGUGGUAUUGAACACAUUCCAGCAUUGAGGCAUCUAAAAGAUAUUUCUUCUACAACGUCUUUCUCCUGUGCUGUGUCUCGUCCGUAGUCUGUGCCUUUUGUUAUUAGUCUGUUGCAACGUGUCUAUGACUUACUACGUGACUAUGAUUAUAUAAAUGAGCUGAACUAGUCUGUCUGAAAUCGUGUUUCACGACAGAUCUUUCAAUUACCUAGUCUUCCCGUCAAGCAUGUGCGGGGUCGUUAGUUGUUUGCCAACGGUCUUGUUUGUAGACAAAUAACUUGCACCGUACUCAUAGGUAAACUGUACUGUGCGUAGCUGCUGUAUAGAUGAGGGCACAGAAGGGUUACGCGUAAUAUAUUCCACGUGCGUCGCUGAUGUAAUAUAUUUACAUAUUAAUGUAUACAAAAAACAAUUGUGCACACUUGUGCCAUUUAAUGACGCUUUUAAAUGUGUAUAAUAAUAUUGUUGAUGCUCAUUAUUUAUGUUGAAUUAAGGUCACAGUUUUGCAGUUUGGUUUUGUAAUAAAUCUUGCGUAUUGUAUUACGCCCUGUGGCACA